AUGGCACUGGAGCUAUGGAGGCAGUUGAUUUUGUAUCAACAGUUGCUGGGAACUUUCUGCCUUCUGACACUUUACGUGCCGAUCCUCGUCGAACUCUACCGUAAUCACUUAUUACAUUCGAAUUUUAGGCAAGUAUUGAUCCUCGCCAUCAGUUGCACAUUUGCUUUCUAUCAAGAAUCGACGGAUAUUGUCAAAGAUUUACACCUGCUCGAAAUCUAUCAGAACGCCAGUCUGUACUAUUUUGUUGCGCUGCCGAUCUUUAUGUACACCGUUAGAACUAUUGUUGGCUCAACUCUGAUGACGUAUGGUGGUCUAUUAGUGCAGUUGAUAAUUCCUGUUAUUAUUGUGCCGCUUUUUCAUCGGCUCUAUCACCAAAACCGGAAAAUCCACGAAUAUAGGUUUCAUAUGGGAUUUGAUUUACUGUCGACAUAUCAGGUCGAAGAAAAUAUGCGUGCUACCAGGACUGUUAUCCCAAUGUGCGUUGCUCAAUUUAUAUGCAUGGCAAUAAACACAAUGGCCUAUGGAUAUUGUCUAUUUUUCACGGACGUGCCGCUAGGAACAGAUACAGGCCCGAUUUCACAUCUAUUCCAACAGGUAAGCCUAAUGGAUCGUGCGGCCCUCUUCAUACUCCUGCUUCAUCGGCUUGGCAAAGGCCGUCAAAAACGCCGUGAAAUCUCCGACAUCGACGCUGAUCAAGCCGCUCACAGCAAAAAAUACUUUAAUGAUCUCAAGAUGCAGUGGGGUGAUCUC